AUGCAAGAAAACAUGCAAGCAUCUGGCAGUGGCAUUGCACUCUUGGGAGUCUUGGCUGAUCUGCAGCCAGGACAGGAUGAUGCUGAUGCAAUGGGAGAUGAGGCAGGACUAGGAAGCAAGAAGCUGAAGAUUAGGGCCAGACUGAAUGGGGUUGUUCUUUCAGAUAGGAAGGGGACGGGGUCAGGAAAGGAAGACUGUGGGACAUAUUUCCCAGAAGUGAAAAAACAUCCAGACAAAUACUUACAAAGAUGUCCCGAGUCUGUAAAAAAGUGGCUGAAACAACUGAAGAGUGCUGGGAAGAUUCUGCUAUUAAUUACGAGUUCUCACAGUGACUAUUGCAGGCUCCUGUGUGAACAUAUUAUUGGGAAUGAUUUUGAAGAGUAUUUUGACAUUGUGAUUACAAAUGCUUUGAAACCUGGUUUCUUUUCCCAUACCCCAAACCAAAGACCUUUUCGAACUCUUGAGAAUGACGAGGAACAGGAGGCUCUGCUGUCACUGGACAAGCCUGGCUGGUAUUCCCAAGGUAAUGCUAUCCAGCUUUAUGAGCUACUAAAGAAGAUGACUGGCAAGUUGGAUCCCAAGGUCGUUUACUUCGGUGACAGCAUGCACUCAGAUAUUUUCCCAGCACGUCACUAUAGCAACUGGGAAACCGUCUUCAUCUUAGAGGAGCUUCUAGGGGACAAAGUUACGGUACCUGAGGAAACUGAAUUGGAACCCUUGGAGAAGAAAGGAAAAUAUGAGGUAAGGGUUCCCUGCAGAUGUUUCCUGGAACAGAAGAAA